UGGAACAGGCCAAAGUCCUAUUUAUAAUGAACCUUUAACAGCAUGGAGUCGGGCGCACGCGCAGUAGAGGCUGAAUUGUUGCAGCCCCAGACAGGGCGGCCCGUUACCAAGCACUGCACCGCGCAGGGUCUGACAACGACGACAGCAACGGGCAUUGACAUAAGGAAUACUGCCAGCGUGAUAACACCACAGACGCUCCUGAAUACAGGAUGGCAGUGAAUGUGUACGCAACAUCUGUGUCCAUUGACAACCUCAGCCGACAUGACAUGCUGGCGUGGGUCAACGACUCUUUGCAUCUCACUUACACCAAGAUUGAACAGCUCUGUUCAGGAGCGGCGUAUUGCCAGUUCAUGGACAUGUUGUUUCCGGGGUGCAUUCUUCUGAAGAAGGUCAAAUUUCAAGCCAAGCUGGAGCAUGAAUUUAUACACAACUUCAAAGUUCUUCAGGCAGCUUUUAAACGGAUGAGUGUCGACAAAAUAAUUCCUGUAGAAAAGCUUGUAAAAGGGAAAUUCCAGGACAACUUUGAAUUUGUGCAGUGGUUCAAGAAGUUCUUCGACGCCAACUAUGACGGCAAGGAGUAUGACCCUUUACUAGCCAGACAGGGGCAGGACGUGGCCCCUCCCCCCAAUCCAGGUGAUCACUUUAUCCACAAACCAAAGAGAAACCAAGGACCACAGAGGACAUCCCCAACAGUUCCCAAAAACAUGCCAACACCGCAGCGGGUCCAACAUAACACUCCAGCCUUGAGGAAGAAUCCGACUUUGUCAAGAAAUGGGGGCAGUGAUGCUGAAAUCAUGGAGCUAAAUCAACAGUUGAUGGAGUUGAAGUUGACUGUAGAUGGCCUUGAGAAGGAAAGAGACUUCUACUUCAGCAAACUACGGGAUAUCGAGUUGAUCUGCCAGGAGCACGAGAGUGAAAACAACCCCAUUCUCAGCAGGAUAAUUAACAUUCUCUACGCAACAGAGGAAGGCUUUGCACCUCCAGAUGAUGAAGACCUCGAUGAGCAAGCUCACCUGGACCAGGACGAAUACUGAACCCAUCGUGUCCCUACCCUCAAACAUCUCCAUCUUUCUUCCCCUCUUCUUUUUCCCCUCAUUUUUUUUCUCCUGUUUGCACGCUUUCUGUAAAUACUCACCAUCAUCCCAGCUUUCUGUCUGUGUUUUCCUUUCUUUCUCAUGUGCAUAUCUGUUGGUAACCUCCCCUCCAUCCUCUGGCCAUCUACACACUCUUCACAACAUCUCCGUAUCAAUAUUUGCUGCUCCUCCCUGCCUCCAUUUACACAGUAACAAUAACAGUAAUGUAUGACACAUCCCCAGUUAUUUCAGCAUGAGUAAUGCAGAAAAUAGAGCCGAGAGCUGGCUGGCAUGGAGGUUGUUAUGGCGAACAGUUGAGUUUAAGUCUGUAAAUAUUACCGACAUUUUGAUUACCGAAGGAACAAUGUCUUUGCUCUUUAUGGAGUAACUUAUUUGCCUUUGGUGCGUUGUUAAUACUACUGUUAGAGCACAGGACAACACUGCUCCCAUGUGCAAUCAGGACACUCCUUGAGCUACUAAAACUGUAACAAAACUGACUUUUUAUUAACACUUUAUUAUUUAUUAUUUAUAUUUCAUUUAACUUUCUGUAGCAAAAUUGGUGCAGACCUACUGUACGUGAACUGAAAGCUGAGGCCAUGUGUGUUACUCAUAUCGGUUUGUGCUUCAGUCAAGCUUUUGGUUUCUGUGACGGUGGGUCCAUGGCAUGUAGAAAUGCUGAAGGAAAUUCUUUGGUGUAAUGACUCAAGACUUAUGAUAAGUGCUCUGCAAUUAUUCAUUAUUGAUCAGCAACAUAUCUGAGCAUGAGAAUGUUACACAUUGACUGUGAAUGAGUGAU